AUGCCUGAUGACAAACGAAUGUCUGCACAAUACACCUCACCUAUCAACACCGCAGUGCCCUUAUCUGGUAAGCCGAUGGAUCGAGGCACUCCGCGAGCCCAAACGCGGCAGGAAGCUGAGGAAGAGUGGAAGCGACGCAGCAGACUUAGCAAAAGCUUAGAAGAUAUCGCUGAAACCGAGGACCCUGAGUCAAAGCCUGAUUCUCCGACUACGGAGCCCGAAGACGAUGCAACCAUCGAGACCAUGGACCAAGCAAUGCAGAAUCUAAGCCAUGCGGAAGAAGAUGUCAAAGCUCUUAAGACCGCCUUGAGCGAAUGUUGGACCCUUUGUAACACUUUAGCCGGCCUCAGCUCUGUGCAUCGGGAGAGGAUGUUCAAUUAUCAUGGAGCAGGCGAAGUCCAGGAGCAAGCUUGGAGAAGCUGCUGGAAGCUUUGCCAGAAGCUUUAUGAAAGCCGUGACGAAGACCACGCUUCCCAAGUACGACCUACGCUGGAGCUCUGCCGGGACUUUUGCCAAGCUCUUUUUGAAGCUCGACAACGAGGAGAUGAGGCGUCUGACUCAGUUUUGCGGGUGAGCUUCGAGCUCAACAACCAUCUGUACAACACACAUGAUAGAACCUUGCCGGAACCUUUUCGGGAAAGGACGCUAGACUUCUAUCUGACCUUGUGCCAUAGAUUGAUGAAGCAGAGGACGUCCUUGCCUGAUGAGACGGACGCUCUCCUUCGUGCCUGCUGGUCGCUCGCAGAGAUGCUCUUUAGUCUGCGGCAAAAUAAUCGGGACGGCAAACCUGCUGAUGAAGAACUCCUUGGCUCUGCCGUUCAAGCCUGUUGGGAGCUUUGCGAUCUAUUCCGUGAAGGAUGGACUCAGGUCCGGCCCGAGAGAGGCACACCGCGGCCGAGUCAAACUUCGUUCUCUUCAGCGGCUUCCUUCAGCAGCAUAGCGCGCUCUGAUCGCUCAUCCUCGGUAGAUGAUAGUUACCGCAGCGCCAAGUCGCAGCCUCCGGAAACGCCUACGACUAUCUUUGACGAUCUCGCAGAGAUGUCACCCGAAGAACCCAACGUUCCGAACAUCCUAGUACUUGGUCCGGAAACAGGUACUACUCGGACACAUAACCGAUGGUCUUCCUCCGCAUCAACUCUGUCCACCUAUUCUGAUGCCUCGCAACGAACCUCGUCUACGGCGACUGCCGGUCGUGAAGACCCGCAUCUCUCGCGACUGAAGACUCUUAUCGUCAAAGCCGCAAUGAACUAUGGAUACGCGCGGAAUACACACCAAACCUUACCGGGCUUCGUCAAAGCUCUUCCAUCGAACUCCUUCGGCACUUCACCUUGGCAGAUGAAGCUGCUGGAGGAUUAUCGGAAGCUCGUACUGGCAGAUUCGACACUCAGGACCAACUUUCCUUCGAGACGCGUUACUGCCGCAGAAGUGGCUAGAGCCGUCCAGUGGAUGUGCAGAAGCGAGCAGUUCAUGUGGCUAAGAGAUCUCUUCCGGCUGGUGUUUGGCUUCUUGCCUGAAGAUGCCGCUUCCAGGCAGAACCUCACCAUCCAAACUUGA